AGAAUAGCUCAGAUCUUCACACACAUCAGCCAUAGUUCUGAUUCUCUGUAGUCCUAUGGCAUAUGCUGUCUGCAUGUCCAGUAUCAUUCUGGGUUGACUUGCCCUCUGAAUCAACCACUGAAGAGAAAAACUCUUUAACCCCAUUGUCCCUUUAAAAUAUUAAUCAGAAAACAAUCCGUUUGCCCAGCCAUUUUAAUAAUGCCAUCUGGGGAAGUGAUUUGUAAGUAGCUGGGCAAGCUCUCUCUCUCAAUCAAUCGAUCAGUCAAUCAAUCAUCUAUCUAAUUUAUCUAUCUAUCUGGAACUGGGGAAGACAGCCAGGUAGGAGGCACAAAAUUGCUCUUCUCUGCACUGUUAAAUGAAACUGGAGUUGGAGUCAUUGUGGGACCUUGUUUGUGUUUGGGUAGAAAAGCGUGUGAUGGACUGGGACUGGAUUGAACCUCGUGCCAAGCUGUUGGUAAACAAGAUGCAAGGCAGUUGACUGAGGAUGACACAGAUUGCCACUUAGAGAACAAGAAAGAGACUAAUAGACAAGUCACGCGUAACCUGUGUCAAAUGGGUUCCUGGUUCGGAAAGCCUUUUCCUAGUAGCCCAUUCAAGUGGGAACAUGUACUUAUAUAAUGUGGAGCACACUUGUGGCACCACAGCCCCCCACUACCAGCUCCUGAAGCAGGGAGAGAGCUUUGCCGUGCACACUUGCAAGAGCAAAUCCACGAGGAACCCUCUCCUUAAGUGGACGGUUGGCGAGGGGGCCCUCAACGAGUUUGCUUUCUCCCCAGAUGGCAAGUUCUUAGCGUGUGUGAGCCAGGACGGGUUUCUGCGCGUGUUCAACUUUGACUCAGUGGAGCUGCACGGUACAAUGAAAAGCUACUUUGGGGGCUUGCUGUGUGUGUGCUGGAGCCCAGAUGGCAAGUACCUUGUGACAGGUGGAGAGGACGACUUGGUGACAGUCUGGUCCUUUCUAGACUGCCGAGUAAUAGCUAGAGGCCAUGGGCACAGAUCCUGGGUCAGUGUUGUAGCAUUUGAUCCCUAUACUACUAGCGUAGAAGAAAGUGACCCUAUGGAGUUUAGUGGCAGUGACGAGGACUUCCAGGACCUUCUUCAUUUUGGCAGAGAUCGCGCGAACAGUACACAGUCUAGGCUGUCCAAACGGAACUCUACAGACAGCCGCCCUGUAAGUGUUACGUAUCGGUUUGGUUCCGUGGGCCAGGACACACAGCUAUGUUUAUGGGACCUUACAGAAGACAUCCUUUUCCCCCACCAACCCCUCUCAAGAGCAAGGACACAUACAAAUGUUAUGAAUGCCACAAGUCCGCCUGCCGGAAGCAAUGGGAACAGUGUCACUACGCCUGGAAACUCUGUUCCCCCUCCAUUGCCACGGUCCAAUAGCCUUCCACAUUCAGCAGUCUCCAAUGCUGGUAGCAAAAGCAGCGUCAUGGACGGGGCCAUAGCCUCUGGAGUCAGCAAGUUUGCAACUCUGUCGCUACAUGACCGGAAGGAGAGACACCACGAGAAAGACCAUAAACGAAAUCAUAGUAUGGGACACAUUUCCAGCAAGAGCAGUGACAAACUGAAUCUAGUUACUAAAGCCAAAACGGACCCUGCUAAAACUCUGGGAACAUCCCUGUGUCCGAGGAUGGAAGAUGUUCCCUUGUUAGAGCCGCUGAUCUGUAAAAAGAUAGCUCAUGAAAGACUGACUGUAUUGGUUUUUCUUGAAGACUGUAUAGUCACUGCUUGUCAGGAGGGAUUUAUUUGCACAUGGGCAAGGCCUGGUAAAGUGCCGGCAGAGCAGUUCUGCAGGCAGGAGGACAGAGUGCAAGGUGUUCUCCAAGACCAGAACUAAAGGGCUUGUUGUCAUCCCCAAACCAGGCCAGUUCUCCAGGUGGGACUGUAGUGUAGCAGCUGCAGUGCUGCUCCCAGACUCCCCCGACACGAGUGGACUGAGGGAGUGACAGACGACACCGGAGCCAGGAGCUGCGCUGGAGCCACAAGCAGGCGGCAGGCAGCCCGGCCUGCAGGGCUGUGUGGAGCUGCUAACCCAAAGAGUUGUUUCCAUUUUUAAGUCAGUCUGCUGGGGCUGCAGUAAAAAAUGAGAAAUGGAGUUUUCUUGCUUUUUACUCUAAAAUUCAAUGUAACUAAAUCCCAUAUAAUAUAUAUAUAUAUAUAUAUAUAUACACACACACACAUAUAUACAUAGUGUAAAGUAAAUCGUUUCUUGGACAAGAGACCUUAAUUCAGCUGUUAUAAAUAGCACUUGGCUCUGGUUUUGCACUGAUCUACUUUAUACUUCAGGUGGUCAUUAGCAGCCGCGGACACACUCACGAAGAUGGCUGCCACCUUCUGACCUAAACACGUGAUUCAGAAAGACAGAUGCUGCAAUCAUAGAUUUAAAAAAGUUGUUUGCACUUAAAAUAGUUUAAUGCUAAUAGAAAAUGACGUUGACUAGGGUAGCGGACGCCCAGCCACCACAGUGUGGAGUGGAGGCGCCUUCUUAUCUGUUAACAUUUAUUUUAUACUGUUGUUUCCAAUGCAAUCAGUCUGUAUUAUAUGUGUAAAUAAUGUAAUUCUGAAAUGGGAGAAAUAGUUACUUCACUAGUAAUUUUCAUCAUUUAAGAGUGAUAUUUCUAAUUCACAAAGAUAUUAAUAUUAAAAUUAUCUUGAAUAUA